AUGCCAACAGUAGACCUUGACAGUAUCCAGCAAGGGAUGGCAUGUUUCUGUAAACACAACCCACCGUCAUUUGAUGGAGUGUUUGACGUCCAAGUGGCAGAAGACUGGAUUAACCGCUUGGAGAAGAUUUUUAAAGUAUUAGACUGCCCGAUAGAGUGGAAAGCUCAAAUGGCAAUUUACAAAUUAGAGAAAGAUGCUGACCGCUGGUGGAAGAAUACUGAACUUAUCCUGGAUGCUCGGAACAUGAGGGUGACAUGGGAAGUGUUCCUCGAGCAAUUCUAUGAGAAAUAUUUUCCAAGGCCAGUCAGGGGUGAAAGGGAAGCAGAAUUCCUGACCCUAAAGCAGAAGGAUAAUGAGCCAUUUGACGAGUAUUUAGCUAGGUUUAUCCAUCUCUCCCACUAUUCCAAUUACCUACGUUACCGAGAUGAUGAGCGGUGGAUGAUGGAGAAGAUGGUUCGAGGACUAAGGCCAUCUUUGAGGGAGAUGAUUGCUCCCAGACAAUUUAAACAAUUCAACAAGGCAGUGGAGGCCUGCUGA